AACUACAACUGUCUUAUCAUAUGAACUUCCCAUACAAUAUACAUCCCUUCCAAAUCAAAGAGUAUCUGAGAGUUGUUCAUCUUCACAAAGAAUUGACACUCCAAGUGAUGAAGGAGCAGUUACAUCGGAACAUGAUGAGAAAAACAAAUCUAAAAUGGAAAUUCCUGAUACAAAUGUAUCUGAAACUUUGGGGAGUUCUUUUUACUAUAAAACGUUUGAAGACCUAACAAUUAUUGAAAGUGAUACUCCCCUUAUGGACUCUGGUUCUGAAAGAUGUGCAAUUGAUUCUGACUCUGACCGAGGUGUUGUCUCAGAUUUUGAGUUAGAACAAUCUAAGGGCUCUGGAUCGGUAGUAUGGGGAGUAGAUUCUGACUCAGAAAAGUCUCCUAGGGAUGCAGACUCUAGAAAACACCCAUUAAAAGCAGAAAGUUAUCAAAUGGGUUCAGUCUCAGUUGAAGACUUCACCAAGACAGAGCAACUGCUGGUGAGAAUUGAACAGGUGGAAUCUGAAUCUCUGAAAGACUGGGUGCUCUCAGGCUCAGAGAAAUCCCUGGAAGUUUCUGACUCUGAAAGAGACUCAACCUCUAAUAAUGAAAGAAAGAAAGAAGAAAAACGUCAAAUGGCUUCAGAUUCCAUAAAACGUCUAAUGGACUCUGAAAAAACAGUGAUGGAGACUGAAAUUUUCUGGAUGAUACCUGAUUCUGAGAGUUAUGCAGUAGACUCAGGCACAGAAAAUGUUAAAGCAUCAACGUCUAAGGUACAUAUGACACAGGUGGAAAAGCAAAGAUCUAAGAGAUAUUUGAUGGACUCUGACUCUGAAUCAAGUGAGAUGGACUCAGAUUUAGAAAGAUGUGUGCUAGCCUCAGCAGCUGUGAAACAUUUCGUAGAUACAGAAACAUUUCAUAUGAGCACUGCUAAUAACAAGCCCACAAAGGAUUCUUGGUCUGAAAGAACAGUGAACUCAGACUCUGAAAGCCCUGUGAUGUCCUCUGAUUCUGUGAAGCACAUAAAGAAAGCUGAAGCAUGCAAAAGUACCUAUCAUUUGGAAAGACUCAAGGGGACUCACAAGUCUGAGUCUCUACAGCAGUGGUUAGAUGCUAAAAUAGAACAGUUAGAUUCUGGUCAUAGUGGACACUGGGAUAGCUCUGGAAAGUAUCAUUUUCGGUCUAUAGUACCUCAAGAUAGCUUUGGAAAAUGUCAGGGUGACCUUCAAACAUUUCAGAGUAUCACUGAAAAAGAUCAAGUAGACUCCAGAUCUGAAAAACAUCAGAAAAAAGCUGGAAAUGAAAGAGAUCAAAAUAAACCUGAAAGUAAAAGACACCCCAUAAAGACAGAGAAGGGAUUUGACAAUGAGGGGUUUCAAAUGGAUAAGGAAAGAGAACACCUCAUGGAGUCCGAACAUCGUGAUUCAGAAAAUGAAGCACAACGACUUGGUGCUCGUAGAAAAGAUAAUCGUCCUCCAGGUUUUUGGAGGCCUCUUACCCUGCCUACUAAGCUUGGUCAGAAAAAGAAAACUGAAAAGCAUAAGUCUGUACAACAAAAAGAUAACAGAGUUUGCAGAAGUCAGUUAACAAGAUACAAAAAUGAAGACAAAACUGUGAGAUUCAAAGAGGCAUCUUCAAGUCUCAGUGCCAUGCAGCUGUCACAGGAAAAAAUAAAGGAUAAACACGACUAUAGUUUUUCUCCAGACUCUCAUACAUUCACCGAUGAGAAGUACCACAGAAAAGCCAGCCGGAAAAUAUCUGUCUAUAAGCGCCAUUGCAGGGAGUAUAGAUAUGCCCAUGGUUUUGAGAAUUUAAAGUAUCAAAUUGCUCCUAUUCCUCUAAGUUCUGAGACUUGCACCUCUAAUGUAUCAUCACUUAUUGACAGCCCAAAUUCUAAGAGUUCUAAGUCUGUCACAAGACAGAAGACUCGAAGAAGUAUUACAUCUUCUUUGGAUGUAGGAACUCGAAGAUGUGCCAGAUGUUUUAUGGAAAUCAGUAACUCUUCUUUUCAUAAAUGUUCCACAAAUUCUGAUGAUUCUGACUCUGACUCUCCUUUACAUAGCCAAAUUUCCUCAGAUUCUAAAUGUUCUUUGGGUUCUAAAACUGCUAGAUACCUCAAGACUUCUCGAAAGAGCCCUUUGUCUCGAUCUCUGGAUCCUAAGCAUUGUGUGGGCAUCCGCUGCUCUCUGCACAGGGAAGAUUUUAAAUGUUCUGUGGAAUCCACCUCUUAUUUACACUGUGAAAGUUGUUCAGCUCUCCAAAAUCUUAAGAGCCCUGCUGCUACCCAAACCAUUACUAUAAAAUCUGAAAAAAUCAUGGGCCAGCAUAGUACCUCUGGCCACAAAAUGUCGGCACCAAAAAGAUUAUCUGCAAGUGAAAGCAAAUUCAGUCUUACUGCCCAAACUCAAAAUAAGGAUAAUUCUGAUGAUAGCCUUAUUAAACUUAUCAGUGCUAGACAUAUCAAAGAUGAGGCUGAUGAUAAAAACAAACUUCUUUCCAAAGAUGAGACAGACCGUGAAGAUGAGACAAAUACUGAAGAGGAAACAGAUGUUGAAGAUGAAACAGACACUGAAGAUGAAGAUAACCAAGAUAAGAAAGAUCCCAAAGAUAAAUCUGACCCCGACGGCAGUGAUCCUAAAGAUGGCAACUCUGAAAAUAACACUGAUAACAAUAGUGGGUCUGAUCCUAGUGGUGCUUCUGGGCCUACAAGUGGACCUGAUUCCAUCAAGGAUGGUGACUCUAAAAAUGUAACUGAUCAUAACAAUGAAUCUGACCCUGCCAUUGAUAAUGCCUCCAGAAGUGAUGUUAACUUGAAAUAUUACACUGAUUUAGACAAUGCUCCUGAUCUGGCAGAAGAUGUCAAUCAACACAAUAAUGCUGACUCCAAACUCCAAACAACUCCAAACUCUGCCUCUGGAAACAAAAUUAGAACUGUGCUGGACUAUAUUUCUGGUUCCAACUAUGAUUCUGUUCCUAGAAAUGACACUGGACAAGGAAAUAAUAUUUACUCUGAGACUAUUGGACCAAUUUCCAACAGUCUUUACUUCAUCCAAAAUGAAACUAAUCCUAAGAACAACCCUAGCCCCCAAAACAACCAUGGACUCCCAAAAGAUACUGAGUCUAACUAUAAUACCAAACCCAAUAAUGCUACUAGCCAUAAUGUUGUACCUAACAAUAUUUCUGACUCUAACUAUGACACAGAAACUUCUAGCACUGCUAGUCACAAACAUACAAUUGCCAUAAAAUAUUAUUUAGAUCUUAAUGAUAUCACAGGGUUUACAUAUGAAGUAAGAUCAAGUUUUCUAGUCAGCCCAAACUAUUUUGGCAAAAAGAAAUAUGCUAUUAUAUCCAGCUUUGCACUUAGCACUAUCAAUGCCAUUAAUACUAGCAACAUCAUCAGCUGUACUGCUGUUAUUAGCUCUCAGUUUACUGCUGGAAAAAACUAUGCCCCAGAAAAUAAACAUUUCCUUAGUCAUUUUAAUGGAUUCAAAAUUAUCAUCAAAAAUAUUCAGAAUGACCAUAAUUCUUCUAGUACCAGCAAUAUUAACAUUCUAACUGAUAAUGAAUUAAAAGCCAGUUUUAUAUCAUCAUCUAUUCUUAAAAUUGUUUAUAGAAAUAUCUCACAUUUUAUUACUGGCACAAAUCAUACUUCUUAUCCUGAAUUUUUGAUAACCUCUGAAUUUUACAAUCCACUUGGAUUUGUUAGAGCUUAUAUAAUUUUUGAUAACCAAAAUUUUGGUGCUCAGUUCCAAAACACUACUGAAUACAUGGACUCUGAUACUUCUAAGUAUGCCACUGGGUCAGCAGAUGCCCUUGAUGCCAAAGAAUCUGGCUUUUUAAAAGAUUUUUCUGGGGUCCAGAAUCCAAUUGGCAUCAAGGAUCCUUCUCCUCUCAAGAUUCUUUCCAAUCUAAAUAUUCCACUCCACAGUUUUGAUGUUAUAGUUGAAGCUGAACUACCAAAAGUUAUGAAGUUUGCUAUAUCAUCAGGUGCUGUGAAUAAUUUAUUUAAGCAUUAG